AUGCACCUCAACAGCUCCGGGCCCAGCGCCCCCGGGGCCGACCUCUUCCCGCGCCCGCAGGUGGAGCUAGAGGCGGCGCUGCCGGCCCCAGACGCCGGCAACAGCUCGGCCAACGGGUCUGAGUGCGCCCACGCGGCGCCCGGCAGUCAGCUGGACGUAAACACCGACGUGUACUCCAAGGUGCUGGUGACGGCCGUGUACCUGGCGCUGUUCGCCGUGGGCACGGUGGGGAACGCGGUAACGGCGUUCACGCUGGCGCGCCGGAAGCCGCUGCAGAGCCUGCAGAGCACAGUGCAUUACCACCUGGGCAGCCUGGCCCUGUCCGACCUGCUCAUCCUGCUGCUGGCCAUGCCCGUGGAGCUGUACAACUUCAUCUGGGUGCACCACCCCUGGGCCUUCGGCGAAGCCGGCUGCCGUGGCUACUACUUCCUGCGCGACGCCUGCACCUACGCCACGGCCCUCAACGUGGCCAGCCUCAGCGUGGAGCGCUACCUGGCCAUCUGCCACCCUUUCAAGGCCAAGACCCUCAUGUCCCGCAGUCGCACCAAGAAAUUCAUUGGCGCCAUCUGGCUGGCCUCGGCGCUGCUGGCCCUGCCCAUGCUGUUCACCAUGGGCCAGCAGCACCGGGGCUCCGACCACCAGCAUCCGGGCAGCGUGGUGUGUACCCCCAUCGUGGACACCGCCACGGUCAAGGUGGUCAUCCAGGUCAACACCUUCAUCUCCUUUGUGUCCCCCAUGGUGGUCAUCUCCGUCCUGAACACCGUCAUCGCCAACAAGCUGACGGUCAUGGUGCGGCAGGCGGCCGAGCCAGGCCCCGUGUGCACGGUGGGGGAGCGGCUCGGCGUCCUCGGAGCGUCCAUCGAGCCUGGCCGGGUGCAGGCCCUGCGGCACGGCGUCCGUGUGCUCCGCGCCGUGGUCAUCGCCUUUGUGGUCUGCUGGCUGCCCUACCAUGUGCGACGCCUCAUGUUCUGUUAUAUCUCGGACGAGCAGUGGACACCGUUCCUCUACGACUUCUACCACUACUUCUAUAUGCUGACCAACACGCUCUUCUACGUCAGCUCGACCAUCAACCCCGUGCUCUACAACCUGGUGUCUGCCAACUUCCGCCACAUCUUCCUGUCCACACUGGCCUGCCCGUGUCCGCUGGGGCGGCGCAGGCGGCGGGUGCCAGCCCUCUCCAGGAAGGCCAACAGUGUGUCCAGCAGCCACACCUUCUCCAGCCACGCCACCCGCGAGACGCUGUACUAG